AUGGCUACCAUUCCGGUGGUGGUAAAGCACCAAGGCAAGAAGUACGACGUCGAAGUCGACACCUCGAACCCCGGCGAAGUCUUCAAAUACCAACUCUUCAGCCUAACCGGCGUCGAACCCGAGAGGCAAAAGAUCCUCGUCAAGGGCGGCCAACUCAAAGAUGACACCGACAUGAGCAAGCUCGGCCUCAAGGCCGGCCAGACAAUCAUGAUGCUCGGCACCCCGUCGGGUUCGGGCGGUGACCUCGUCCGCCCCAAGGAGCCCGUCAAGUUCCUCGAGGACAUGACCGAAGCCGAGGCCGCGCAGCAGCAGGGAGCCACGCCCGCCGGUCUUGUCAACCUCGGAAACACUUGCUACCUCAACUCGACUCUCCAGACUCUUCGAUCGAUCCCCGAGCUUCAGGAUGCUUUGGUGAAGUACAAGGCGCCGGAUAGCAGUCGUGGAUUCGGGGCGGUGGACAUCGUGGCGGACCUGCGUGAUUUGUACAGGCGAAUGGGCGAGACACAGGAUAGCUUGGAGCCCAUUACGUUCCUGAACACGCUGCGCAAGGUCUUCCCUCAAUUUGCCGAGCGGUCGAGGUCCAGCAAUGUGUAUGCCCAGCAGGAUGCCGAAGAAGCGUGGUCCCAGAUCCUUGCGCAGAUUCGAUCGAAGCUCCAGAUCCCAGGACAAUCGGCAUCGGCGUCCUUUGUCGACAGGUAUAUGACGGGCAAUUUCGUUUCCGAGCUCAAGUGCGACGAAGAAGGGGGCGAGGCGCCCGUCGAGUCCUCGGACCAGUUUCUCAAGCUCAACUGCCACAUCAACGCCAACACAAACCACCUCAGGGACGGCAUCGCCAACGCCCUGACGGAGAAGAUUGAAAAGAACUCGGAAGCCCUCGGCAAGGAAACGACGUUCACCAAGACGUCCAAGAUCUCAAGGCUACCUCAGUACUUGACGGUACACUUUGUCCGGUUCUUCUGGAAACGCGAGAGCCAGAAGAAGGCCAAGAUUUUGCGCAAGGUUUCGUUCCCCAAGGAGCUCGACCUCGUCGAGUUCUGCACCGACGACUUGAAGAAGCUCCUCGUGCCCGUCCGCGACAAGGUCAGGGAGAUCCGCAAAGACGAAGAGGACAUUGAGCGCGCUCGCAAGCGACGCAAGAUCCGUGAUGCGGGUGCCGACGUUCCCGGUGCGUCCGGCGAGGCUGCUCCCAAGAGUAAGGAAAAGGAGAAGAAGGAGAAGCAGGAAGCCGAGAAGAAGUCGGCCGACGGCGAUACCGAGAUGACGGAGACGUACAAGACGGACGCCGAAGUCGAUGCAGAACGCGAUGCCGCGCUCCUCGAGGCCAAGAAGGAGCUUCAUUCUCUCAUCAGCCCCCAGCUCCUUGAGGACGACGGCGCGAACCAGUCGGGCAUCUACGAUCUCCGCGCCGUCAUUACCCAUCAGGGUUCGAGCGCUGAUAGCGGUCACUACACGGCGUACGUCAAGAAGACGGCGCCGAUUGAUCCCAAGACGGGAAAGAAGGGCGAGGAGGAUGGAAACUGGUGGUGGUUCAACGAUGACAAGAUUUCCGAGGUGGCGGGAGACAAGAUUGAGACGCUUGCUGGUGGCGGUGAGUCGCAUUCGGCGCUCAUCCUGCUAUACAAGGCGAUUCCCCUGCCGAGCGCCAGCGGCGUUGUCGAGUAA